UGGAGGAGGGUUGGAGGUGAAGAGGGGGGAGGUUGGUCCGGGUGAGCAUGGCCGCAGGAGCCAAAGCGCUGCUGACUUGGUUUGGUUGCUCCGCAUCGAUAACACCGCUUUCUCGUGGCGCUCGUCAGGGGACAUUUAACCCGGAGACUGUGUGCGUUUACGCGCGGCGGACAGGUUUGAUUUAGUGCGUGUGCGUUGUUGUCGUUCGGCAGGACAGAAGCGCUCGGUGAAGCUGCGGGUUCAGCCGGAGCUGAAGCUGCUGCUUUCAGUCUUCUUCUGUUUUUUGGUUUCUUGGUGAUUGAGGAGGAGAGAUCCUGCGCGUCAGGAUCAAGGACUGCGUGUUUGCGCUCUUUAUCUUCACAUCGUGGAACAUUUAUUCUCUGCUUUUCUUAGUUUUUUCCCUCCUUACUGCGCACUCAUCCUUACCUCCUCUCUGGGAAAUUCAAUGCGAGUUGGAGAAAGUGUUCGCGGCGCGGAGCGGAGUUGAGCCGGAGGAAGAGUGUUCGUGGCUCAGACGGACGUAGCCUGUAGUGGAUUUCCAGCCGAGUCUGGUCGCUUCUUUAAGUAGAACUGCUUUUCAUUUAAGCGAGUGAAGAGUGAGUGUUUUGUGCAAAGUACUGUCAAAACGCACAGUGGAACAGAACCCCGCAGUUUUUAAAGACAUUUAAGCUCCAACUGUGCGGGAAUAAAACGCGUGAAGUGAACUCUCAUCACAACACAUCCACGUCUGAACCUGAACCAGAGGAAAAGGAACUGUAAAUCAACCCAUUUUUGGCUUCAUCAGGAGUUCCAGCUCAAAAAAAUAUGCCGCAGGUGGAAAUGCUCCUCUUCCUCAUCCUCAUCAUUGGGAUGUGUGUGUACGGCCAGGACCCCGCUUCCAAGGUGGUGUCCGACCGUUACGCCGUCUACUGGAACCGAACCAACCCCAACUUUUACCGGGGUGACUACCACAUCGACGUCUGCAUCAACGACUACCUUGAUGUCUACUGUCCGCACUACAUCGGCCCUGUAUCUGAUGAUCGGGCCGAGCGCUACAUCCUCUACAUGGUGAACUACGACGGCUACAGCUCCUGUGAUCACACCGCCAAGGGCUUCAAACGCUGGGAGUGCAACAGGCCUCUGUCGCCAAACGGACCGCUGAAGUUCUCAGAGAAGUUCCAGCUCUUCACUCCCUUCUCCUUAGGCUUCGAGUUUCGCCCUGGCAGAGAGUAUUAUUAUAUCUCCUCCAUCACUGACGACAAGGGAAGACGAAGCUGCCUUCGACUCAAAAUCUUCGUCAGGCCUCAAAACAAUUGUGUGAAAAACUCUGGGAGCGUGCAGGAAGGGGUCGAUUUUGACGACAACAGUCACAACUCCCUAGAACCCAGAGACGGCAUUGGUCCGGAGUCACCAGAACCAGCUCGAAGGGAUGUGAACUCCGUUGGUCGGUGCCAGACUUCAGUCCUCGUGCUCAGCUCUGCCCUCAUCCUCCUGGCUGCCAUCUUGUCUUUAUAGCGCCCAGUCUGAGGAAUCCCCCAGGAAUGGACUGUCCUGAAUGGACCACAGGCCGCCCUACCCUGCAACCCCUCCCCUCAAGGAGCACUUUUGAAAAAAAAAUUAAAAAACACUGACAAUCUCUCUCUGCGAAAAGAGAGAGGAAGGGGACUUCGACACUGAAGCCUUUGCUGUUUUUUGACUUGCCAACUAGUGUGAUUCUUGACUUUCUGGUGGGUGCUGAUGGCGUAGGCUCCCCGAGGUGACCUGUUCGCCUCGCUACCAUUCACAGUACGCAGAUAUUAAACAUUGCUUUGUGUAAAAGACAAGCACACAUACAUGCUUUUAAACAUACACACACACACACACACACACACACACAACACGAAAACACAAUCAGUACCCUCUUUAGCUUGAACGGCAAAGAAGCACAGCAGGAUCCCUCAAAAGUUUACAGACUUAACAUUUUUUUGAGUUCAGGAAAACGUCACGUAACCCCCCACAUUUAACACGAUGAAAUCUCACAUCAAGAAGAGGAGGAGGUUUCGAAGAAGAUCCGGUAGGACCACGGAAAGAAAAGAAGACAGAUGUUGUUGCUAGGAGACUGUUGCUAAGGGCAUGAGGGUAGGGGGCGGGGCUUUUGAUGACUUAACCUUCCUCUCAGGUUAAAAACGGAAUCUCAGACUGCGGAGGACCCUUUGUUAAGAGUUAAAAAAAAAAAAAGAAAAGAAAAUUUAAAGAAGCACUCAUCUUUUAGUGUUUGGAUAGGGGCGAUUUAAUGACCGAUUAAUGUAUUUGUUUUUUAAUAAAUCACGUAAUUCAAUUGUAGCAGCCAACACGGGUGUACAGUAAAAUAUUUGAACGGAGCGUAGAAGUCGAUAUGGUAUUUUGCCAGGCAAAAUGUAUUUUCCUAUUUAUUGUGAAGUCCUCGUGCUUUUUUCUGUUCUGGUUUAGUCUGUAAGUACAGUAGAAAGGCAAUAAAAAAACACUUACCCAUUAAGUUAGUUCAUAUUACACACAGUUUAUUUGAUACAAUCAUACAAAAACACUGAGUGCAGUUCAUGUCUCUGCUUUGAUUGAUCGCUGAUGGUGGGUUUUUUAAUUGUUUUUAACAAAGUCCAAGAAGAAAAGUAAAAAAAAAAAAAAAAAUUAAAAAAGUCUGAUGUGCUAUCAGGGUGUAGAAAUCGUAGAAUAUUUGUGUUUUGAAUUUGUCAUUUAAAAAAAAAAAAUGUCACAAAUGUAGUUUUACUAUUACACUAUUGCUUUUGUGAAUCACUGUCAUAACACGACUAUUGUAUAUAGAGGCGAAUUUCCUACAAAGUUCAGGGAUGUGUCCAUGCCUAACAUGAGGUUUAAAAAAAAUGAUUGUUUUUUUUUGUUUGUUUUUUAAAUCGGGGAGGGUCACCCUUCCUCGAAUAAAGCAGCACAAGUUUUCUGUGGCUAAA